AUGAAUUACAAUAGAAAAUCUUCCACUAUAUUUAUUAGUGUGUUAUCAAUAUUAUUGAUUAUCACCCUUUAUAAUAUAAGUACUAGCACAACUACAUUAAAUUAUAUAAAGCCUCCAAUAACAGUCAACAAAAACACUGGUCCAUAUACCAAAGUAGAAAUAACUAAUAAUUUAAGUGAUUACGAUAAUAAAAAAGACACUGUAUUAUUUUUAUCGACAAUUGGUAAUGGUAAAAGUUAUGGUAAGGGUAAAACCAUUGAUGACUUAUUUAACACCAUUCAAAGUUUCGAUUUUAGUGUCAACCAAAUGUCAGUAGGAUUCUUAGUUGGGAAUGAAGAAGAAUUCGAAAAUGUUGUACAUUAUUUCGAAAAAUAUUUCGAAGGAUUAAACUAUAAAACUAAAGAUGGAUAUGUUCAAAAGGUAACUUUAUUGUCAGCACCAUUCAUUGAAGAAAACUUCAAAAUGAUUGAUAGAAAGAAUAGACAUGAUGAUAAAGUUCAAAGAUUAAGAAGAAGAAAUAUUGCUAAGUCAAGAAACUUCGUUUUGAAUAAUGCUUUAGAUUUUGAAAAGUAUACUUUAUUCAUCGAUGCUGAUAUUGUUAAGAUUAACAAUCCUGAUAUGUUAAUGAGAUUUAUUCACUCAAAGAAAGAUAUCAUUGUUCCAAGAGUCACUAGAGGUGGUAAUCCAGAUUAUGACAAAAAUUCUUGGAAAGGUGAAAGAACCAUUCCUAAUGAAGAACAAUUCAAGAAAAUGGAUAAAAAUGAAUGGGAUAAUUGGGAUUACGUUCCAAGGGACGUUGAAAAGAAUAUGCUUCAUUUCUCAACAUUCUUGGAUGAUGCCAGAUCCAAGCCUGAAGACGAUGUCACGAAAAAAGUUGAUUAUUCCUUUGAAUUGGAUUCUGUUGGUGGGGCUAUUCUUUUCGCCAAAUCAAUUAUCUAUCAUCAAGGUAUUCAAUUCCCUCCAAAUUAUAUCAUUGGUACUACUUGGGAUAGAUUAGAAGGUUAUGAUGGUAUUGAAACCGAAGGUCUCUGUUAUGUUGCCAAGUCCUCCGGUUAUAAAUGUCAUGGUUAUCCUAACUUAGUAGCUGAACAUUCUUUAGAGUAG